UUGCUUCCGGUGUAGAGUUCUGAGGUCACGGUGUCCUCCCUUCCCCACGUGUGUGUCAGUCAGUGUGAUCCGCGCUCUGAGCUCAAACGAACACACUGCCUCCGUCAUGCUGAAGUGUGUAAGCCGCGCGGUUCAGCUCGCAGCACGGCUCUCCAGCUCCGUGCCGUUCGCUCCCGCCGUCAGACCCGCCUUCUGCAGAUCCAUCUGGAGCCUCAGCAGCAGCGGAGCGGCGUCCGCAUCCAGGCCGAGGCUGCUCACUGCGACCCGGGCUCUGCCCUCACUGUCGAGCGGCUGCGGGAGUCUGCACACCGAGGGUGAUAAAGCGUUUGCAGAGUUUCUCUCUGAUGAAAUCAAAGAAGAAAAGAAGAUCCAGAAGAACAAGAGUCUUCCUAAAAUAUCCGGUGGCUGGGAGCUUGAGCUCAACGGCACAGAAGCCAAACUCACCCGCUCGCUCUCCGGAGAAAAAGUCACCAUCACAUUCAAUGUGAACAACAGCAUCCCGCCACAGCUGGAGGAAGAUCCCGAGCACACGCAGAAGAGUCCGGAGGACGAGCCUGAAAUUGUCUCUACACCUAAUUUUGUGGUUGAAGUGACCAAACCAGGAGCAAAGACUUCACUGGUGUUCGACUGUCAUUUCCCCGAGGAUGAGCAGACCGGUCACGGUGAGGGUGAGGAGGAGAGCGACAUCUUCAACAUCCGUGAGGUCAGUUUUCAGCCGGAGGGAGACGCAGAGUGGAAGGAAACCAGCUACACGCUCAACACAGACUCUCUGGACUGGACCCUGUAUGACCAUCUGAUGGACUUCCUGGCCGACCGUGGAGUUGACAACACAUUUGCGGAUGAGCUGAUGGAGUUGAGCACAGCGCUGGAGCAUCAGGAGUACAUCAAGUUCCUGGAAGAUCUCAGCACUUUUGUCAAAUGCAAAUAAUCGGUCUAGAUUUCACAUAAAUGUGUGAUGUGUCUGGCUCAGGUGAUGAUAGGAUGAAGAUGAAGGCAGAAGAGUUUUGUAUUUAAUUUUAUAUCAUGUUUUCAAGUUAUGUGCACACCGGUUACGUUUCAGAUGUCACCGCAGGGGUUUACGGGAACCAAGAACGUGAACUAAACAUUCAUGAAAAAAAUAAAACGGAGGAAAUAUUGG